AUGCUUGAUGCCGGGAUGCAUCCUGCCAAAGAAGGUUAUGCGGCUCUACCUUUCUUUGACGAGUUCGACUUGAGCACAGUGGAUGUCCUUUUGAUAAGCCAGUACGUCGCCCUCUCCUUUGUUCUUCGGUCACUUUUUUUAUGGUGCACACAUGCUCCCCGUGAAGAAAAAAGAUUGUGUUGCCGUACUAGGGGCGUUGGUUCUAUUGCUACUGCACAGACGGCUAUCGUUGACGAUGUGGAAUCCCUUACUCAACAAACCAUGCCCCAAUCUGCCACAUGUAGAUCAGAAAAUCAAUGCAAACUGUUUGAGCUUUCAUCAAGUGUCCAGCUGCGUACGCUUCUUUUUCAUGUCGAUCAUUCCUCUGCCCUUCCGUAUGUCUUGAGCAAGACGAAUUUCAAGGGUCGCGUUUUCAUGACGCAUGCGACGAAGGCGAUUUACAAAUGGCUUAUCCAGGACAACGUUCGGGUCAGCAAUACCUCGUCAUCGUCCGAUCAGCGAACCACCCUAUACACGGAACAUGACCAUCUUUCGACGCUACCGUUAAUAGAAGCCAUCGACUUUUAUACCACCCACACCAUCAACAGUAUCCGGAUCACUCCGUUUCCUGCCGGCCAUGUGCUGGGAGCGGCUAUGUUUUUGAUUUCAAUCGCCGGCCUCAAUAUACUGUUCACUGGGGAUUAUUCUCGAGAGGAGGACCGUCAUCUGAUUCCUGCAGAGGUGCCCAAGGGCGUCAAGAUCGACGUGCUUAUUACGGAGUCGACGUUCGGUAUCUCUACAAAUCCGCCUCGGCUGGAGCGUGAAGCAGCGCUCAUGAAGACCGUCACCGGGAUUCUCAACCGUGGAGGCAGGGUGUUGAUGCCAGUCUUCGCCUUGGGCCGCGCCCAGGAACUGCUUUUGAUCCUGGAUGAAUACUGGGAGCGGCAUCCGGAACUGCAGAAAAUCCCCAUCUACUACAUCGGAAAUACGGCGCGAAGGUGUAUGGUGGUGUACCAGACCUAUAUUGGGGCGAUGAAUGACAACAUCAAACGUCUCUUCCGCCAGCGCAUGGCGGAGGCUGAGGCGAGCGGUAACAAGAACGUCAGUGCAGGCCCCUGGGAUUUCAAGUUUGUACGAAGCCUUAGGAGCCUGGAGCGUUUCGAUGACGUCGGGGGUUGUGUUAUGCUUGCGUCUCCUGGUAUGCUCCAGACCGGCACGAGCAGAGAGCUUCUCGAACGAUGGGCACCAAGCGAACGCAAUGGAGUUAUCUUGACCGGCUACAGUGUGGAGGGAACAAUGGCGAAGCAGCUCCUCAAUGAACCGGAACAGAUUCCCGCAAUCAUGGCAAGAGUAUCGACAGGCCCAGGAGGUCGCAGGGUACCGACGGCAGAUGACGACCAGAAAGUCAUGAUUCCAAGAAGGUGUACAGUCGAUGAAAUUAGUUUUGCUGCUCAUGUGGAUGGUGUGGAGAACAGGAACUUCAUCGAGGAAGUUGGAGCUCCCGUUGUUAUACUGGUUCACGGAGAAAAGCAUCAAAUGAUGCGAUUGAAAUCCAAACUUCUCAGUCUCAACGCAGACAAAGCCGUCAAGGUGAAAGUCUAUACUCCGGCUAACUGUGAAGAAGUUCGGAUCCCUUUCAAGAAGGAUAAGAUCGCCAAAGUCGUUGGCAAGUUGGCAGAGGUUGCGCCACCAUCUGAAGCGGAUAAUUCGCAACUCAUGACCGGCGUCCUGGUGCAGAAUGGGUUUGAUCUGUCAUUGAUGGCGCCAGACGAUCUGCGGGAGUAUGCCGGUCUGACAACAACGACUAUAACCUGCAAACAACAUCUCACUCUCAACUCUGCAAGUAUUGAUUUAAUAAAGUGGGCACUUGAGAGCACCUUUGGCGCAAUCGAAAAGAUUGGUUCUACCCCAAGUCAGGACAUCAAAAAAGAAAAUGCCGACAGCAGCGCCUCCAACGGAGCGGAUGUGAAUGGAAACGUGGAGAAAGAGGAAGCCGCAGAUGAGGAGAUUACGUUUGCGGAGAAAGAGACGUACUUGGUCAUGGGCUGCGUGAUUGUGAGGUACACACCCCGAACGCGGGAGGUCGAGUUAGAAUGGGAGGGUAAUAUGAUGAAUGAUGGGGUUGCCGAUGCGGUCAUGGCGGUCCUUCUGACCGUCGAAAGCAGCCCUGCGUCUGUGAAACAAUCCUGCAAGCACAGACAGCACGACCAUGACGCCCCCGAGAUUCAAAACCCACAUGCCUACCUAAAUUCUGAAGAGCGGUUCGAACGUCUUCUCAUGAUGCUUGAGGCGCAGUUUGGACCCAAUAUUACUCCCAUCGAGCGACCACGUCUGACCAAGUCCACCGCACACCAGAACGGUGUCGCGGAGUCCGGAGCCGUUGAGCCAACGCCUAAGGACGAGGAGAAUGGCGAGGAGGAGGACGAGGAGCAGCUAGCUAAAGCAGAAGCUGCCGAACUGGCUCGUCUUCACUCGUUGGGUAUUCCAGUCCCCGGAAUCGAGAUCAAGGUCGAUAAACACGUCGCCCGUGUCUGGCUGGAGGACCUGGAGAUCGAGUGCUCAUACCCCGUCCUGCGGGACCGGGUCAGGGUAGUCGUUGAGCGGGCCGUCGAGACGGUUGCCAGCAUGUGGGCUGGGGAAAAGCCGUCUUCUUCAUUGCGUUCCCGCACAACGAACGGAAAUGGGGUAGGAAAUAAUAAGCUCAUGGAAGAGAAAAAGCCGGAACCUGUUGGUGCUGAAGCAUGA